ACAACUUUAUCUAAUUUUUUGUGUGACAUUUGUGUAAAAAGGGGUACCUAUAAAAAUAAAGACCGUGCCGCGAUGGAUUCUUGUCGCUGCUGCCUGCAAUGUCCCCCGGACAAGGACUUGACGACGCCGUACAUACAUCUCGGCAAAACAGAGAUUUAUCUUGAGAUGUUGCAAGACUGCUUCGAUAUAAAGCUACCAAUGGAUGGCUCGGGCUCGUGCGGCAUCUGCUCUGCGUGCGUGGGCCGCCUGCGAGAUGCGAGCGACUUCAAGCUGCAAGUGCAGCGCAGCCAGGCGGAGCUGCCAGAAGUGGCACUUAUUAAAGUGGAGAAUGCUAAGACUGAACUUUUUGAUGUUGCAGAAGAAGAUAACUCUGUUUCUAGUAUGUUAUGCCAGGAGCGACUCCGCAGCGAUGAGGGGGGGACUAUAUCUCCCGAAAGAAAAACAUACGCCUGUGAGCACUGCCAGAAAAGCUACCGAAAAAGAUCUACUCUUAAUAAGCAUAAGGAAAAGAUUCACCAAAUAUACCGACCACCACCGACGACCGCUUGUGGUUUUUGGACUGACCAGACGCUCUCAGAAAUAUCUCCCAACGUCUGCGCCAGCCACCCACAUAGAACACAGCCAUACUGGUGGUCGUCAAAGAUCGCGGAGCUCCGUACCGCAAGUAACAAGGCUCGACGAGCGUACACCCGCUGUAGGCGACGGCGACAUACGGCGGAAGAAGAAGAUAUACUAUACACAGCUUAUAAGGCUGCCAAGGAGAUACUUAAGGCCGAAAUUGCUAGAAGGAAAGUCGAGGUGCUAGAGACGUAAGUUCUUCUCAAGCGCG